AUGAUGAAGACUUUUGGCUGUGCUUGCUUUCCCUGUCUUCGGCCAUAUAACAACCACAAGUUCCAGUUUCACUUUGAAAAAUGUGUUUAUCUUGGUCCAAGUGGCAGUCACAAAGGCUACAAAUGCCUCAGCCCCUCAGGUAAAGUUUACAUUUCUCGACAUGUUAUCCUUAAUGAAUCUGACUUUCCCAUCUUUGCUUCUGUUGAUCAAAUUCCUGUUAAUAUACCAGCAUCCUGUUCCCUUGAUGGGAUUGGUAUUCUCACUCACCGAGCCCAAGAGUCCAUCCCUAUUGUCUCUUCUUUACCUUCUCAAACUACAAGCCCAACCCAUAUGUUUCCUAGACCACCCCCUCAACCUCUUGUUUCUUUCUCCUCACCCACUUCGUCAUCUUCUACUUCUUCUCUUCCUGACUUUUCUCCAGUUUCUUUCCCACCUACACAGCCUUCCACCAACCAUCAUCCUAUGGUGACUGGAUCAAAACAAGAAUAUAAUGCUCUUGUUCGAAACAAGACUUGGAUGCUUGUUCCGCCUACUUCAAAUCAGCAUGUGGUUGGCAAUAAAUGGGUGUUCAAAAGGAAGUAUAGGUCUGAUAGGACUCUAGAUAAACUGAAAGCUCGCCUUGUGCGAAGGGCUAUCUUCAAGAACCUGCAAGCACCUUGUGCUUGGUAUGACCGACUUCGCAUCACUCUGCUUUCUUGGAGAUUUCAAAACUGCAGGACUGAUUCUUCUCUAUUUGUUUAUCGUGAUGCCUCACAAGUGGUUAUUCUGUUGAUAUAUGUUGUGAUAUUCUUGUUACUGGAAGGUGCACCCUAUCCUACUCUUGUGGUGUUAGGAAGAACUCUUGCUCUCAAUGACAGUGCUCCUUUUCAUAACCCACAACUUUAUCGUAGUAUCGUUGGUGGACUACAGUACCAUGUCAACACACAGCUAGAUAUUUGUUUUAGUGUAAGCAAGCUGAGUCAGUUUCUUAGUGCUCCUACUAAACUUCAUUGGCAAGCUAUCAAACGUCUCUUACGAUACUUAAAAGGAACAUUGACAAGUGGCUACUUUGUUUUCUUUAGAGACUCCUUUGUUUCCUGGUCUUCAAAGAAGCAGCCAGUAGUGUCUUGCUCUUCUGCAGAAUCUGAGAAUCGUGGUCUUGCCAACACCACUGCUAAGAUCAUGUGGAUUCAGUCGUUACUUCAAGAGCUUCAAAUUCCGCGGACCUCUCCCCCUAUUAUUUGGUGUGACAGUAUUAGUGCUACUGUGAUUGCUUCCAAUCCUAUUAGCCAGCGGGACCCUCACUUUCGUCUUCUUGUCAUGGCAUUUUCAAGCUCCUCUGUUCUUGCCUGCACUUCAGCUCCAUCUCUGCCUACUGUUACUAUUUCUUCUCCCACUGUUUAG